AUGACAUUCUCGACAGAGGACAAAAUUGUACGUGGGCCCGAGGGCAGCGUACCGCUACCAGACGGGCUGGCCCGCUACCUGUUCGGCAAGAUGCUGCAGCAUGGCGACAAGGUCGCACAGGUGGGUCGCUUCUGGCAGCACGAGAUGCGCCACGUACUGGCCAUCCUCCGUCCACGGGUGUUGGUAGCCGAUAAGCCGAACGCCCUGUACGAGCAGUCGGCAACCACUGUGCUCAGCAGGGCGGACGUCUUCAAGUGGUUCGAGGGGGAGGCGAGCGACGCCGCCGUGCCCCAGGCAGAGGCGGAGGUGGAGGUGGAGGUGGAGGAGCGGCCGCUGGACUCUCCAGCCGUGGUGCUCUGCUCGUCCGGCACCACUGGCUACCCCAAGGGCGUCGAGGUCUCCCACCGGGGGCUGCUGCAGCUGCUCGCCAUCGGCACAGAGAAGAAGCUGAUGAUGAUGCUGGGUGAUGGAUCAUUCUUGGUGCUGUCGCCUGCCUUCUGGGUAUCCGCAGUGGCACUUCUACUGCUGUCCAUCAACGCCGGCAGCAGGAUAGUCGCCAUGGCUCAGUUCAAGGAAUCACUUUUCUUGAAGGCUCUGCGCGAGCACAAGACCGACGCGAUAGUUACGUCGUAUUUCACGGAACAUUGGCUGCAGGUGGUGGGCACCCUGAUGGCGCCCUUCCUGGGCGUGAAGCUGCUGAGGAUGAGCCCGCAGCCGGACCUGACGCCGCUGCGCCUCAUCGUCUUCGGCGGCUCGGCGCUGGACCGCGUCACCCAGGCCCAGCUGCAGGCCAAGUUCAAGCUGGCGGCCACCCAGAUGUACGGCAUGACGGAGCUGCUCAUGACCCUCUCCUCCGAAAGCACCAAGCCCUCACCUUUCGGCUCCGUCGGCCUCCCGCAACCCAACGUCGAGGUCAAGGUGGUGGACACAGAGUCUGGCCACGCCCUGGGUCCGAAUCAGGACGGAGAACUCUGCUUCAGGGCCCCAACGGUUACGCGCGGCUACUACAACGACCCCGUCGCAACGGCUGCAGCAAUCGACGCCGACGGCUGGUUCCACACGGGCGAUGUCGGCUACUACGACGACGCGGGCCACUUCUACAUCACAGACCGCAUCAAGGACUUCGUCAAGUACAAGGGGCACCACGUUUCGUCGGUGCUUCUGGAGGGUCUGCUGUACAAGCACCCGGCCGUACUGGAGGCUGCGGUGGUCGGCGUGCCGGACCCUCUGGCUGCAGAGCUGCCCAGGGCCUACGUCGCCCUGAAGUCAGGGGAACAGGUCUCUGCGGAGGAACUGGCAAACUUUGUCAACGCUGAAGUUUCCGACCACAAGAAACUGCGCGGCGGUGUCGUCUUUCUGGAGAAACUUCCAAGGACCUCGACAGGAAAAGUGUGCAAGAGGAUCUUGAGGGAACUGGCCAAGAAGGAAGAGAGCGGAAAUUAG